CCGCACGUUUCGUAUCCAAUACAAACAAUAAAUGAUAGCAGCAUCCCGGAGCGUUGUUGGUACGGUCUGCUCUGCUAUUUGAUGAUCACACAGUUGAGAAAAGGCUGAGUUUUCCAUGUCCGACGCUGCGAGUCUGGGCCAGCGUCGAUACUUUGCAGCGCUGGUAAAAGUGUAAAAGAGGAGCGCCAGAUGCAACGAGCCAGAUUCCACCCCUCCCUCCCUCAACCGCUCAUGUCGGCAUCUUUCUCGCUGAUUCGCUCCCCCUUCACCCUCAUAACUUCUCUCAGAUUUCCAUAUAAUAAUAAUAAUAAUAAUAAUAAUAAUAAUAAUAAUAAUCUUGCCCCUUUAUUACUUUCCCCCUCUUCUCCCUCCUUUUCUCGCCUGCGCUGCUCUUCCUCCCCCUUCUUUCUUAGAUCGUCAAGAUAUUCUUCUUUUUCUUCUCCUCCUCGUUUCGCCUCUUUUCGAGCCGCCGCGAUGGGGAAGCCCGAGGCCGCCGUCGACGCCGACGCCGCCAUGGACGCCGUCCAGAAGCGCCUCAUGUUCGAGGACGAAUGUAUCUUGGUGGAUGAACAGGACAAUGUUGUUGGUCACGAGUCGAAGUACUACUGUCAUCUGAUGGAGAAGAUUGAAUCUGAGAAUCUGCUCCAUAGGGCUUUUAGUGUUUUCUUAUUCAACUCAAAACAUGAGUUGCUGCUUCAGCAAAGGUCUGCAACAAAGGUGACAUUUCCCCUAGUUUGGACAAAUACCUGCUGCAGCCACCCUCUUUACCGCGAGUCUGAGCUUAUAGAAGAGAAUUAUCUUGGAGUGAGGAAUGCCGCGCAGCGGAAGCUGUUGGAUGAGCUGGGCAUUCCUUCUGAAGACCUGCCUAUUGAGCAGUUCAUUCCUCUUGGCCGAAUGCUUUAUAAGGCUCCAUCAGAUGGAAAAUGGGGGGAGCAUGAGCUUGACUAUCUGCUCUUCACCAUCCGGGAUGUGAAGCUGCUCCCAAAUCCUGAUGAAGUAGCUGACGUCAAGUAUGUUAAUCGGGAUCAGCUGAAGGAGCUUCUGCGAAAGGCAGAUGCUGGGGAAGAUGGGGUGAAGUUAUCCCCGUGGUUCAGGCUGGUUGUUGACAACUUCCUAAUGAAUUGGUGGGACCACGUUGAGAAAGGGACUCUCCGUGAGGCAGCAGACAUGAAGACCAUCUAUAAGCUGAAAUAGAACCUGUCGCCAGUCCUUAUUAUCUGGUUUUGCAUGGAACAGAGUUUUGAUUAAUGUUUUCUCCAAAUAAAGUACCUCUACCCGCUGGCAGGAUAUUUGAGCUUAAACUGUGAUGCAAAGCUUUUCAAUUGGCAAUUUUGUUCUUGAAUGAAACUUAUAUUGAUUUGAACAUGAUCUUUUCUUUUUUCCCCUUGUGAAAGGCUUGUUUAGGAGAGAGAACUAGAAGCUUAAUCAA